CGAAUAUGAAUAAAGCUCACGUCGACGGCGAAGAGCGAGCUAUGCGACCUGGCAAAGCUAGCCGCAGUGACGGCAAAGCGUGAUUUUGCAAUGUGGGAGUGUGUAGCGAGAGCGUGUUGUCUCAUUGCAGCUGUUAAAACUCAGACCUGGUGGCGGUGGUGUCGUGCACAGCCCGGCCUGGACUCGGAGUGGGUGGCGACGUACUGUGCAGGUUUCGCAGUGGGGUUGGAGAAUUUCUGUGUCUUUCUUCUUCGUCCUGGCCAUCACCAGUUGCUGCACUUGUCUUCCUGUUUUGGAAUCAUUGGCAGGUUUUGUUCUGCGCAAGUUGUGGUUCUCUUCAGGACAAAGAAUGUGCCUACUCUUGAAGCUAACGUCUGUUCUAUAGCUUCACAGCCAAGGCUGCGCGGGAGAAGGAAUAAUGUCAGUCGGGGGACGAGAGGGAGAGGGAUAGAUAUAUGGAACUUGUUUCAAGCAAUUUUAUCACUUACUUCGAGCGUUCUUCACAGGUACUGGUAUGAAGCACAUUGUUCCGAAGGUUAACGAACGAUCAACUGCAAGCUGAAGCUCACGCUCGAUACUUUAAUGAAUUAUUGAAUUAGUUGAGAAGGGUCAUGUGUCAAGUGGGAAUCCACCAGUGCGCUAUGGCUACGUCACUUAAGAGAUCUUCCACCGGAGAAGCACGUGACCGUAGAGAAGCGACAGCCUGCAGGUUUUAAAGUGAGCAUCGAAGAUAGUAUGGCUUACCGUGAAAGUGCCUGCAGAUUGUAUUCAGAAUCAGAGGGCAUUGCUCCUAAUGCUUGACCUAGGGUUGAGAGUCCAAGAGUUUGAAUACCAGGACGCGGCUAUGGAGUAUUACAACGAACAUGAGCGAUUGCGCCCCUACGCUCCUCGGGAUGAAUACGUUCUGCAAACCAGAGAAGGUCCAGAUUAUAUCUUUGAAGGAACAACGCCAGCAAGCGACCCCUAUUGGAAACCUCCCUUAUUUAGAGCUGUUCCUGUGUAUCAACCUUUCCCUCUUCGUGAAGACUACCGCAGAGGUGUUCCGUAUGAAGUGUACCCCAGAACUCUAUCUCCUCCGACUUACACUCCAGAUGAUUUGAUAGGUUCUAUAUUCGAUUUCAGACCACCUCCACAAUGUGUUUACGGAAGAGGACCAUCAUACUGGAGAUUCGAUUCUGGGCGAGGCUCUGAGCAUGGCAUUAGAUGGCCACUGCAGGAAUUCCCUCUGUCAGAUUACCACCGAAGACCUACGCAUGAAUUUGAUUACGGGCGCAGACCUCAACCUCAGCAUGAACUCAGACCUCCGGAAUUCAAUAAUCGGCCUUGGCUUUACCUUGACCAAGGACCUCCAGAAUUCGAUCGAAGACAUCCUCCAGAUGUUGAUAAAAGAUAUCUUCCAGAAUUUGAUCGAAGGCAGUCUCCAGACUUUGAUGGAAGACAUCCUCCAGAAUUAAAUCGAAGGCACCCUCCAGAAUUCGAUUUGAGGCAACCUCCAGAAAUCGAACGAAGAUAUCCUCCACAAGUUGAUCGAAGUUACCCUCACGAAUUUGAUCGAAGACAGCCACCAGGCUUCGAUGGAGGACAACCUUCAGAAGUUGAUCGAAGAUAUCCUCAAGAAUUUGAUCGAAGAUAUCCACAAGAAUUUGAUCGAAGAUAUCCUCCAGAAGUUGGUCGAAGAUAUCCUCCAGAAGUUGAUCGAAGGCAUCCUCCAGAAGUUGAUCGAAGACAUCCUCCAGAAGUUGAUCGAAGAUAUCCUCCAGAAGUUGAUCGAAGACAUCCUCCAGAAGUUUAUCGAAGAUAUCCUCAUGGAUUUGAUCCAUGGCAACCUUCAGAAGUUAAUAGAAUACACCCUCCAGAAUUUGAUUUAAGAUAUCCUCCGAGAGUCUAUAGAAGACAGCCUCCAGAUUUCAAUCGAAGAUAUCCUCCAGAGGUUGAUAGAAGACAGCCUCCAGAUUUCAAUCGAAGAUACCCUCCAGAGGUUGUUAGAAGACAGGCUCCAGACUUUGAUCGAAGAUAUCCUCCAGAAUUUGACAGAAGACCUCAGCCUCAGUAUGACAACAGACCCGUUCAAGAAAUCGAUCCAAGACCUCCGGAAUUGGACCGCAGAGCUCCUCAUGAAUAUGAACAAAGGCGCCAUCAUGAGUUUGGCAGAAGGCCUGAGCUUCCGUCGGAGAAAAGACCUGAGCCACUUUAUGAUCAUGGACCUCCUCCUCCUCCCCCUCCGAAAUCUGACCAGAGGAACCCACCUACUGUAGUUCCCAGUGAUGCAGGACUUCAACCUCCUCUCUCUUCUGAGCUUCAGCAACAAUCCCACAGGCCAGAGUCACCGAAACGAGCUGCGUCACCACCACAACAAGCGGCUGCCCUCUCCCCAAAGGAUAACGCGAAAGAGACAGCGGCCUCACCACCCCGCCCUCCUGCCGAUGAUGUUGGUUCUCAAAUUCCUCCGACGCCAUCUGAGCCUGUUGCUGCGCCUCCUUCACCUCAGGAAGAUACUUCUCGUGACAUCUCCCGCGAACAGCAGCCACCAGACGUAGAACCUCAGUUUGUGGUUCCUGUGCCUUGCGAGACUGAGGACCGUCCUCCUGACAAGCCUGCACAUCAUCAACUGGAUGAGUUUCCUGAGGGAAAUCCCCCAGAAAAGGACAUAGAAGGUCGAGGAGACUUAGGGGCUGUUUCUUACGCCACGCACAUGGAAGUUGGACCUCCUUCAUUAGGAAAAGACGUUUAUUACGUUCCAACCACGGAACACGGACGCGUGAAGUGGAAACACUUUCAAGCUUGCAAACACUACUGGGCGGGGUUUCUCUUCAUCUUGCAUUUCUGGGUUGGUGUUGGCGUAUGCAUAUAUCUCGGGGUAAGAGGCGUGAUAAAGACAAACCAAAACGAAGAGUUGGUGCGCACAUACGCUCUUGCUCAUUCCCCUGCACCGCUACUCCCAGAACGUUUGUACAACAUGAAGCAUUGGGCUCCUCAACUUGCCGUUGCAACAGGCGCAGGGUGGUUGUUUGCAUUUAUCUGGCAAUCGCUCAUCCGUGCGCAUCCAGCACCCAUGAUCAAGAUCAGCCUGUAUUUGGGUACUCUGUGUACUGGAUUGUUGGGUAUCAUACUGCUUUCCACUGGAACCGCCAAAGGCCUUGUUGGUCUCCUUUUCCUGGCGUUAGCACUUUUCCAGGGGCUUUAUGUGCACCAUGUUAGGCACCGGAUGGAGUUUACAGGAAUCAUGCUCAGAAAAGCAAUUUUGGCUGUCCACGAAUACAAGAGUCUCUACAUACUCUCAGUGUGGACGGUGUUCCUGGCAAUGUUUUGGCUUGCCUUAUGGAUCUUUGGAGUUUCUGGAGCGCUAAGCUUUACUUAUGGUGGAUACUACGUCGCGUUACUAGUUGUGAGCUUGGCAUGGUCCAUUGAGGUCCUUCGUAACACCAUCAACGUUACUGUUGCAGGCGUUGUAGGCACUAACUACUACGAGAUGGGCAACAAGCCUCAUUUUCCGGUGUUGAGAUCAUACCAACGUGCAUGGACUGUUUCUUUCGGAAGUGUCUGCCUUGGGUCGAUGUUCGUGGGCCCAGUGACUGCACUUCAUGCACUAGCUAAGCACAUAGCUAACGAGCAAGGCUCAAACGAGUUCUUGUUCUCCUGCACGAAUUGUUUGCUUGGACUGAUGGAAUAUCUCAUCAGACACUUCAACAAAUGGGCUUUCGUGGGGGUGGGUUUGCAUGGGAAGAGUUUUGCGACGUCCGCAAAAGAGACAUGGAGGAUAUUCCAGGAAACGGAGACCAUGUUGCUCGUCAGUGACGACCUAACCGGCGCAGUGCUCUUCACUGGUUGCAUAAUCGGAGGAGUCGUGACAGCUCUGGUUGGAGGCUGCUGGUCUUUUGCAACCCGCCGUUAUCUCACAGUUGGUGUCUCCAUCAUCUCGUUCUUCCUUGGCUUUUUAGUGACAUACUUGACAAUGGCUGUCUCAGAGAGCGCUGUAGCUGCUAAUUAUGUGUGCUUCGCUGAGGACUCCAACAUACUCUCAAAGCACGAUCCAGCCUUGGCCCAGUACAUGAUCCAUCGCAAGAAUAAACUUGACGAACGAUUGGCUUGAUUGGCCCGAGUAAAACGUCGACAAUGCCAUUGGUAUGCAAAUUUUUGUCUCGCUACGUCUCCAUUGUCGAGGGGAUAUCUCAAAUAUACUGCGCUUCGUUGCUUCACUCCCAGGAAUAUGUUUCUGCCACCGAUACUCCAAAAAAUCAACGCCUGCAACCAACAAUGGUGUAGACAUGUAGUGUCUGAAUGGAUGAUGACCCUUGUCGGCACGGUGACUCUCCUUCAUUGCCUGGUAAGCGAGAGGUAAGUUUCAUCUCCCUCUUAGCCCAGGGAUACUGUUUAUGCCUCGUCUGUAUAUUACCUGAGUGUGAAUACGGCAGAUUUUUUGGUGACAUAAUUUUUGUGAGUGAGACAGGAGAACUUUGUUCGAAAUUUAGCGGGGGACCCGCGAUUGAGUUAGAGUCCUUAGAGGAAGGAAAAUUUUGUUCCAAGAAAAGUCGACCUUCGAUGUUCACUCCUAGCGUGUGCAUUGUGCACACCGAUCGAGUUCUCAAAAUUCUAAUGAAUUCUUCCAGACCAUCUAUGCAAUCAGCAACAGCUUUCAUGCCCUUGCUAUUUCACCUUUUU